CGCGCAGGCACCGACUUGCUCUGGUAGCUAUAGUUGCAGACAACAUGACAGAAAAUAAUAUUAUCCAGGUGCGUCCAGCCGAAAUGUCGGAAACGGCUAUUUCCAAGUCUGUAUGGAAACUAAGACGUUAUGGGCGUCUUUUACCAACCGACAAGAAGAACAAUAAUAACACAUCCUGGAAGGUGUACGACUCCGCCAAAAGUGAUGGCCACAUAGAGCUGAGCAUACUGGAGUCCGGGCAUUUUCUUUUGUCCCUGGCUGAAGAGCUCUUGGAAGGGUUCUCCCUUGUUAAUGGUGCAAGCUUCCUGAGAGUGCAGAAGAAGGCUGAUGUUCUGCUCUUCCAAGCAAACAUGAAGGGUGAGAGCCGCAUGUUCCGCAUACAGUUUGAUGGGGCCAGCCGGCCUGAAGCCAUAGCGGAGUGUGAGAGGGCAGUGCAACGACUGGAGGACUAUCUACCUGUGGGCAGUCAGGAGAAGCCAGCUCCCCAAUGCAGCACCAGCAACACCACACAGCCCCCUCUACAGGCAGAGCAGGGCCGUUUGCCAGAAGGAGCUGCCGAGGUCCAGGGCUCGCUGUCUCUGAGACGUCUCUCUCAGCACUUCCUAGGUGAAGGCUGCCUGUCCCUGCCGCUGGCCUACCGGAGUGCCGGCCCCCUGGCCCCAGUGGACCUGGAGCUGCUGCGCCUCUGCCUGCUGGAUGAAACCUUCCCCGGCUACGUGGAGGAGGUGGAGCAGGAGCUCAGGAGGCUGUGUCAGGAGGAGUGAAACCGCGGUGUGUGUGUGUGUGUGUGUGUGUGUGUGUGUGUGUGUGUAGGUUGGUAGA